AUGGCUCUCAACAAACAUGAAAUCAAACUCCACAACGAUGGAAGAGAAUUUUCCACCUUGAGCAACUUGCCUCUAUCGGCAAUCGACGCACAAGAUUUCGACAGAGUCAUUAUGCUUUUACAUGGUUUCCCCGAUAUCAACACCACUUUUAACCAAGUAUGGCCGAUUUUACUUUCCCGUUUCAAUGAAAAAGUUUUGCUAGUGGCACCUAAAUUAAGGGGUUACGAAAAGUCAAGUAUUGGACCUGAACAUGAGUACAUGUUGCCAUACCUUGCAGGGGACGUUAAAGGUUGGAUCCAUGAACUCAACCCUCAAUUGGAUAAACCAGUGCACUUGGUGGGACACGAUUGGGGUGCAAUUGUCGCCUUCAAGACUGCCAAUUUGUAUCCUGAUUUGAUUACCUCAAUGGUUACUUUGGCAAUUCCGUAUUUGGUCAAUAUUCGACUGUAUGAAUUGUUGUGGCAUGUCCCUCAACAAUUUUACUUGUCGUCGUAUUUCAUCACUAUGCAGUUUCCUUGGCUAUACAAGGCAAAAUUGACGGAAUCAAAUGACUACUUGACUUCUCUUUGGAGAUACUGGUCACCAGAUUACAAUGUUUCCCAAGAAGAGAUCACCGAGGUGCGCGAUGCAUUCAAGAAGGAUGGAGUCGUUGAUGCGGUAACGGCAUACUAUCGCCACUUGUUUCGGCCAUUAUCGCUUAUUAAGUCAAGAUGGCCCGUCGAUUUCGAAAAAGUCCCCACUUUGAUCUUGAACGGUGCAAAUGAUCAAUGCAUGUCGUCCAAAAUUGCCGUUUUGGAACAAGAAAAGUUGAAAAAGUUUUAUCCAAAAGCCCAAGUCAAGGUUGUUCCUCAAGUGGGACAUUUCUUACAAAGAGAGGCACCAGAGGUUGUUGCCGGAUUAAUUGCUGAUUUCUUAGAGUCUAUUUAA